AUGUCCGCCGUUAAUAUAAAAAAAAACUUCCUUUUUAAAAUUGCUUUUUUCGCUUUUUUUGUUGCCGUUACCUUUUUGCUUGCGUUUUAUAUAAUGCUUAUUUCGUGCAUUGCGUUAAUAAAUGGUUGUAACGAAAAAGGGAUUUUGUUAUUCGUUAAGGAUUUAACAAGUUUUUUAUUAAUUUUUUUCCAAUUCCAACCUUUUAAAGUUGGUGCUUAUUGCUACUUUAACGCCAUUUUAACGGCUAUUGGGUUUUUAAUUUUCCGCGAAUUAUUAAUUGCAUGCUUUAUAACUUUGUUAAACCAAUUAAUUUGGAAGCUUUUGCGUGCAUCGGUGCAUUUUUUAAGCGCUUUAAUAUUUAUACUUUAUAAUAAAGGUUAA